GUAGGGUAGCAGACAGCUGAAAGCUAUGGGACUGAAAAAGUCCAAGGUUGAAGUCAAACUUUUGAAAAUCUGGCAGUCUAUAAAUCUUGCUUUCCUUGCCUUCUUCUCAUCGUGAGGCGAUAAGGUUAUCUUAAGUUAUUGUUUCUGCUUCUGAUGAAGAUGGAUGGCUUUCCAGCAAAGUUGGUGGUAAUUGCAGCACUAGUGUUGCUUCUUAUGGGGGAUUUCCAAGCAACUUGUGAAACAUUACUUCCUCAUGGUCGUGGGAAGAGUAGUUUAUGGCAUAUUGACUGUAGAGAUGGCUUGGCAGAGAUACAUAUUGGAAGAAAACAAGGUACCUUUGGAUGUCAAGUCAGAAAAAUGAAUGGUUUUCCAGCAAAAUUUACGGUACUUGCAGCCACCGUGUUGCUUGUUCUGGGGGAUUUUGCAGCAACUUCUGCCUUGAUUCCAGUUGGUGGUAAGCAGAGGACUUCAGCAUUUGCGCCUGACAGUAAAGAUGGCUCAAGAUACACAUUUUCAAGGAGAGAAGGUUGCUUUGGAUGUCAAAGUAUGAACCUUAACAAAGGCAGGCAAGUGCUGCUGAGAUUGAGGAGGCUGCAACAAACAAGAAGAUUUACAAGGCCACCACCCCCACCGAUCAGAAAUUCCUUUGGGAUAUGGUCUGCUCCCCCUGCUCCUCCUCCAUCACUCACUGCAUGAUUAGCCAUGCUUCUUUUUUCAUUUGGAAAAUCAAUCUACGCAAGAACCAAACAAUUGCAUGCUCUGAUUUGGAUGGUGGACAUUUCAAGCAAACCUUUUUUGAUAUUCUAAAUACUCAAUCCAAGACAAUA